UGAAAGUAGCAACUUCUAUUAAUCCCAACAUGGCCACCAUGAAUACUAUAGAUAUUUCUGAUGAUGACAGGGACGUCUCAAUAAAAUAUUCGACCUCAAAGUCAUCGAAGCGUAAACGUGCCAACGAUAUUACUGAUCCUAUUUUCGUAGAAGAAUACGUAGAAAAAUCGAAGAAAAAGGUCUUUAUCGACCUAUUUGACGAUAAAGAAGAUGAAAUUCAACUUUUCAAUGAAGGGUGUUCGAAUUUAUUGAAUUUUUCGAAGUCAUAUGAAACUUUCAUGUGUGAGAUUUGUGUUGAUGAAAAGCCUAUGACACAAAAUUUCAAAAUUAUGGGAUGCAAUCAUUCUUAUUGUCAUGCAUGUACUAUUAAUUACAUUGCAUCGAAACUACAACAAAAUAUUACUCGAAUUUCGUGCCCCGUACCUGGUUGCAUCGGGAAUUACGAACCUCAUUAUUGUCGAUCGAUAUUACCUAAGCAAGUUUUCGAUAGAUGGGGAGACGCGUUGUGUGAGUCGAUGAUUUUGGAGUCCGACAAGUUUUAUUGUCCUUAUAAAACUUGUUCCUCGCUUCUGAUUAAUGAAAAUCGGGGCAGAAUUUUAUCGAACAAAGGAUCGAAAUGUCCCAAUUGUAAGAAAUUAUUUUGCCCUAAUUGUAAAGUACCAUGGCAUAAAGGAUUUUCAUGUGAAGAAUUUCAAAAAUUGCAAGAAAAUGAUGAAGGUGGGAGAGAUGAUAUAGCUUUAUUGAAGUUAGCAAAGCGGCGUCGAUGGCAACGAUGUCCGAGAUGUCGAAUUUACGUUGCGAGGACGAAAGGUUGCCCGCAUAUGCACUGCAGGUGUGGAUGCCACUUUUGUUACAAAUGUGGAGAUGAGUUAUCACCUAGUCACAAUUGCACAUGAAGGUAUAUUGGUAUAGUACUUCCUAGUUUA